ACGUCACCGCGCUCGAGUGGGAGUCGAGUCUUCUCCGGAAUCGUUUGCUUUCAUUUCUGCACGAGCCCGUCUCGCGCCGUUUCCUUCUCUUCCCUUCGAACCAAAACAAACGUCGCCCGACGCGCUUCGGUCGCUCGUUUCCCCGCACCGCUGAGGGAUUUUUCGGUGUUUUCUGCGAAAAGGCGGCCAGCAAAGCCAGAAAAAGAUGAGUGUGGAGGCGUACGGGCCGAGCUCGCAGACGCUCACCUUCCUGGACACGGAGGAAGCGGAGCUGCUCGGGGCCGACACGCAGGGCUCCGAGUUCGAGUUCACCGACUUCACACUGCCCAGCCAGACCCAAACUCAGGGCCAGACCCAGAGUCAACUCGACAACCAGGUGAAUGGGCCUGAUGGUGUUCUGCCCAAUGGAGAAGAUGCAGUGGUGAAGACCAGCCAGCUUCUGGCCGAGCUGAACUUUGAGGAGGAUGAGGAAGAUACUUACUACACUAAAGAUCUGCCGGUGCAUGCCUGCAGCUACUGUGGCAUCCAUGAUCCAGCAUGUGUGGUCUAUUGCAACACCAGCAAGAAAUGGUUCUGCAACGGCCGCGGUAACACCUCUGGCAGUCAUAUUGUGAACCACUUGGUGAGGGCCAAAUGUAAGGAGGUGACGCUGCAUAAGGACGGACCGCUGGGAGAGACGGUUCUGGAGUGCUAUAACUGCGGCUGCCGUAAUGUCUUCCUGCUCGGCUUCAUCCCGGCUAAAGCCGACUCUGUUGUGGUGCUUCUGUGCAGGCAGCCGUGUGCCAGUCAGAGCAGUCUGAAGGACAUUAAUUGGGACAGCUCUCAGUGGCAGCCCCUCAUCCAGGACCGCUGCUUCCUGUCCUGGCUGGUGAAGAUCCCGUCUGAACAGGAGCAGCUGAGGGCCCGUCAGAUCACAGCACAGCAGAUCAAUAAACUCGAGGAGCUCUGGAAGGAAAACCCAACAGCGACCCUGGAAGAUUUGGAGAAACCUGGAGUGGAUGAGGAACCUCAGCACGUUCUGCUGCGAUACGAAGAUGCCUAUCAGUACCAGAACAUCUUUGGGCCGCUGGUCAAACUAGAGGCUGAUUAUGACAAGAAACUCAAAGAGUCCCAAUGAAGAUGCAAUAGUACUGAUAUGAUGAUGAUUGCGUUAGUACUGAAUAAAAAGCGGAUAGCUUAUUUCACUCUGCCCAAGACGGAUUCAGGUGACAUGCGACUGAUGCAAGGAGACGAGAUCUGUCUGCGGUAUAAGGGAGACAUGGCUCCACUGUGGAAAGGGAUUGGACACGUCAUCAAAGUCCCGGACAAUUAUGGAGAUGAAAUCGCCAUCGAGCUACGCAGCAGUGCUGGUGCACCUGUGGAGGUGCCGCAUAACUUCCAGGUGGACUUUGUCUGGAAGUCGACAUCUUUUGACCGCAUGCAGAGCGCCCUGAAGACGUUUGCUGUGGACGAGACCUCUGUGUCCGGAUACAUCUAUCACAAGCUGCUGGGUCACGAGGUGGAGGAUGUUAUCAUCAAAUGCCAGCUGCCCAAACGCUUCACUGCGCAAGGCCUGCCAGACCUCAACCACUCGCAGGUUUAUGCUGUGAAGACGGUGCUGCAGCGACCCCUCAGUCUGAUCCAGGGGCCUCCAGGAACCGGCAAGACUGUCACCUCUGCCACCAUCGUCUACCAUCUGGCCAGACAGGGCAAUGGUCCGGUGCUGGUUUGUGCUCCGAGUAACAUCGCAGUGGAUCAGCUGACAGAGAAGAUCCAUCAGACGGGGCUGAAGGUGGUUCGUCUGUGUGCUAAGAGUCGUGAGGCCAUCGAUUCCCCUGUGUCUUUCCUGGCUCUGCACAAUCAGAUCCGCAACAUGGACAGCAUGCCAGAGAAUAUUAAGCUGAUUCUGGUGGGUGACCACUGUCAGCUGGGUCCUGUGGUCAUGUGCAAGAAGGCAGCUAAAGCAGGUCUGUCUCAGUCUCUGUUUGAGAGGCUGGUGGUCCUGGGCAUCAGACCCAUCCGUCUGCAGGUGCAGUACCGCAUGCACCCGGCCCUCAGUGCAUUCCCGUCAAACAUCUUCUACGAGGGCUCUCUGCAAAACGGGGUCACCGCCGCCGAUCGCAUCAGGAAAGGCUUUGACUUCCAGUGGCCUCAGCCCGAUAAGCCCAUGUUUUUCUAUGUAACUCAAGGUCAGGAGGAGAUCGCAAGCUCUGGCACCUCCUAUCUCAACAGGACUGAGGCUGCUAAUGUGGAGAAGAUCACCACCCGUCUGCUGAAGGCCGGAGCCAAACCCGACCAGAUCGGCAUCAUUACACCAUACGAGGGCCAGCGCUCUUACCUGGUGCAGUACAUGCAGUUCAGCGGCUCACUGCACACCAAACUAUACCAGGAGGUGGAGAUCGCCAGCGUGGAUGCGUUCCAGGGCAGAGAGAAGGACUUCAUCAUCCUGUCUUGUGUCAGAGCUAACGAGCACCAGGGCAUCGGCUUCCUGAAUGACCCACGACGUCUCAAUGUGGCGCUAACCAGAGCCAGAUAUGGCGUGAUCAUUGUGGGCAAUCCUAAGGCUCUGUCCAAGCAGCCUCUGUGGAACCACCUGCUGAACUACUACAAGGAGCAGAAGGUUCUGGUGGAAGGACCGCUGAACAACCUGAGAGAGAGCCUCAUGCAGUUCAGCAAACCACGCAAGCUGGUCAACACCAUCAACCCUGGAGCCCGUUUCAUGAGUACCGCCAUGUAUGACGCGAGAGAGGCCAUGAUUCCUGGAUCCGUGUAUGAUCGCAGCAGCACCGGGCGUCCAUCUAAUAUGUACUUCCAGACCCAUGACCAGGUCGGCAUGAUCGGGACUGGGCCGAACCCGAUGGGCUCCAUGAACAUCCCCAUCCCAUUCAAUCUGGUCAUGCCUCCCAUGCCUCCACCUGGGUACCUGGGCCAGGUGAACGGACCUGCUGCUGGUCGUGGUGCUCCUAAAGGUAAGACCGGGGGUCGUGGAGGUCGUCAGAGGAACCGUGGCACCGGUAAUCACGGCAGCGGGCAGGCCAACAUGCCAGGCAGCCAGGCCAGUCAGGACCUGGUGUCCCAGCCCUUCUCUCAGGGUCCACUGACCCAGGGCUACAUCACCAUGAGCCAGCCGUCACAGAUGAGCCAGCCUGGACUGUCCCAGCCUGAGCUCUCACAGGACAGCUACCUGGGUGAUGAGUUCAAAUCCCAGAUGGACGUGGCGCUUUCCCAGGAUUCCACCUACCAGGGCGAACGGGCAUAUCAACACGGAGUGACUGGACUCUCACAGUACUAGAGUGUUGUUGGAACAGGAGCUAGGCCUGUGCUGAGCUUAGUUCAUCAGCAUUUUAAAUAUGGGUAAAUAUAAAAAAAGAACAAACAUGGAUGCCCGUUUACCACUGUUACAACUGAAGCACCAUGGUGUGAGAGCAACAGGAGAGAAUCAAACCAAUCACAGGAGGGAGUGAAGCUGGACAGGACGAAAGAGAACGUGUGAGUGGCGGACUACAUCCACCAUUCGUUGAGGACGGGGAGGAGAGGGGAGACGCAGUGUUAGGAGGAGACCAAACACGAGAUCUUCGAUCUGCAACUCCGCAACGUGGAGGAGGCUCCUGGAGCGCAGGGGCCCUUCCCGGCCUCCUCUCUCUCUCGCCUGGCUGCCGACGUCAGCCUCAGGCCUUGCCCUGCCAACAGAGACGGAGCCAAGAUGAAGUUCUCUUAAAACUACCUGCAAAAACCACGCUUGCUCUGUCGUCUCCACGAGCUGAGAGAGGGGGUGACGUAUUUCAAGUAAUUAUAAACGCUUUUCGAGCAGCUGAUUUUCGGGAAAGUAAGAGUUCCCCUCAAAGUUGACAUCUGACAUUCAGGUUCUACCACCGCUCAUCUUUGAGAGAACGGACGCCUGCGGCAAGAGUUUUCGCGUUUUGUUUCGGAGCGCCUCUUGUCUCCAACCCGAGGUGCUAGGACACUCUGAAGGACGAUUCAACUUUGAGGAACGUUUUCCGCCUGAAGUCCGGGAGGGUAGAGGUGCCGCGUCGAACGGAGGGCCCGUCACAUCUCAUCCGCUCUCCGCUAGGUGAUUUGGGGUAGAAAUGGCUUUGGGAUGUUUAAAAAUUCCUUUUAAGUGUUCUGUCCUUUGCCGAGGGACCGACGGAUCUAUCCUUUCUUAUUUUCCUCUGUUUUAAAAUGUUUUUUGUUCAACUAGAAUAAAAGCAGUGAAGUAGAACCGCUUGCUUGA